AUGGAGGACUCUCCUACUCAACCACUUUUUACCUGCCUGUCAUGCCUCAUCGCAUUCCACACUGGUGAGGAACAGCGAGAACACUACCGCAGCGAUCACCAUCGGUACAACAUGAAACGUCGUGUUGCAUCGUUGCCUCCUGUGAGCGUACAGAUUUUCAACCAAAAGGUCUUAGAUAAGCGCCUUGAGACCGCUGUCACCACUUCUGAUAGAGGUGCAACAUGUGAGACCUGCAAUAAGUCAUAUAGCACUGAGAACGCAUAUCGGUCGCAUUUACAAUCGAAGAAACACCGAGAAAAUGAGACGAAGGCUUCCUUCAAAACUAAAGCGAACCCUGAGGUUCCUACGACUGCUGAGACCUCCAAUGAAAGCGCCUCAGAAGUUCCAUCUGCUCCCGAAGCCUCUGCCUCGGCUCCUGCCCCAUCACCACCAACAACAAAGAGUGGAAGGGAGGUAGAAGUAAAAAAGGCGCACGGGGAGGAUGGUGAUGAUGGUGACGAAGAACAAACUCUGGAAGGAAGGCUUGCACUUGCCCGAACUCGAAUAGGUCUUACAUCGUGCAUCUUCUGCACUGCACCGAAAUUUCCUUCGCUCGAAGCCAAUCUCCAGCACAUGUCUUUCGUCCACGGCCUAUUCAUCCCUGACGCCGAAUAUCUCGUCGAUCUCCCGGGUCUGAUCACUUACCUUGGCGAGAAAGUCGCCGUAGGGAAUGUCUGCUUGUAUUGCAAUAGCAAGGGGCGGGAGUUCCGGUCGAUAGAGUCCGUCAGGGAACACAUGAAUGUUAAGGGUCACUGCAAAGUAGCAUAUGACAAACGGGAAGAUCAGCUUGAACUCUCGGAUUUCUACGAUUUCUCGUCUUCGUAUCCUGUUGCCUAUCUCAAAUCUCGCGGAAAGGGUUUGCGGAGACGAACGACAACCGGAGACACCGAAUCUUCUACAACCUCUGCACAACAAUCUACCCCUGGUGAUGAUGACGAUUCAGAUCAGUGGGAGGACGAGGAUGACGAGGACGUCACCGUACAAGACGACGAGUCUGUGUAUGAUGAAGAGGAAGAACUUCCAGAAAACGAACUUAAAUACGGCGAUUCACCAUUCGAACUAGUCCUUCCGUCCGGCGCACGAGUAGGCCAUCGAGCCAUGGCUCGGUACUACAAGCAGUCCUUCCACAGCCCACUAACGGCUUCUUAUUCGGAGGCAAAAACCGGGGCCGCACUCGUCCGAAAGUUGAUAGCAGACAAAAACCCGGCGCUCAUCCCGAUCAAGGCCGGCUUUGGAGCUUUUGGGACGGGAACAAUGACUUUCAAAGCAAGAGAGGGGGGCCGAGCGAGGCAAGCUGGGCAGCAUAUCAGGGAGUUUAGAGAUCAGAGGAGACGGGAGGAAUUCAGGACGCGUGUUGGGAUCAAGGCGAAUAACCAUAAGUACUACAGGGAUCCUCUACUUCAAUGAGCAGCCUCAUGCAGUUGACGCCUCUGGACGUCCUGCGCCCUCGGUUUAAAGAUUAACGUAGAUACCAUAAUAAUUCACCGGCUUGACGAUUAAUGCCAUAAAGUUUGAUUGGGUGCCGCCAGGUGUAGAAAUGAACAAGAUAGCUAAUGGCCUUCACAUAGGGGGGGGAAUAUAGUAAGAAAAUAAGAAAAUAACGAGAGUUACACAUUAAUAUAGAUAAGCCGCAGGGACAACACCCUCGCGCCCCGUUGCAACAUCACGAACAUA